GUGGUAAACAACAAACGUGACCUCAUGAAACUUAUCGAGUCAAGGCUCUUUCCACAUUAGCAGCAAGAAAACAACGUUGCUUGACGCUGUCGCAGACGAGCGAGCGCUCUGGCAUUUGUAAGCAUCAGGUCAGACAACAAUUUGAAGAUGCAUAAAUUCAAAUUGCUUUGGGGUAUUCCCUGUGAUAAUCAACUAUUCUGCUGAUAAUUAGAAAGAGAUUACACUGGAACAAUUAUCAGAGUGAAUUAAAACAGUGGAUUGAAUGAUCACAAGGUUGGUUAAUAUCAGGAUAAAACAGAUUACAACAUUUCCAAUAGAUUAAAGUUUAUAAGGGAGCACAGCUAUCUGUAUAUCAAGAUGUCGACGAAAAGUUCAGAAACCUAUGACAGUGAUGAUGAUUGGGACAUGCAGUUGUAUCCUGAAAUCUGUCAAGUUUCCAGUACUGAUGAUGACACCGGAGCAGAUGCUUCAGAUGAACGGGAAGACACGGAAAGUGAUAGUGAAGCACCUGCCAUGCCUCCACUAAUGUCACUCAGACAAAGAAGAUUGAGUAAAUCUGUUGCUUUAGCAUCGCUGAAUACUCUUCAAACCAGUUCAGGUGCAUUGAAAUUAAACAUUAACACUGCAAGUGCACGAGCAAGAUUCAAUUGGGCGUUGGCAAUUAAGAAGGCAAAAUUGUUAAAUGACCCAUGGAAAGCUUUUCAUAUUGAAGACAUUGAUUCUGAAAUUUGCAUCCGACAUCGUUACAACCCACACAAGAAAACUUGGUUGACAGAUGAAGUAAAAGUCAAGAUGGAAUCAAAGUCCUUUAACAGAGGAGCAAUGAGAAAAUGUUACCGUCUGAAAAAGCUGUCUCAGUUCCUGAAGCAUCAGGACUGGAGCCAUGCUGGUAAUUACGUGGCCAAAAACUACAUACAGGCAGUCGACAGAGAGGUGUAUUUCCAGGAUGUCAAACUUCAGAUGGAUGCAAAACUCUGGGCAGAGGAGUACAAUAGACACAAGCCUCCAAAAAAGGUUGACAUAUUCCAAAUGUAUAUCUUGGAGUUUAAAGACAGACCAGGUUGUCCCCUGUAUCACCUUGAGCAUUUCAUAGAAGGUCAUUAUGUCAAGUAUAACUCCAACUCUGGAUUUGUUGAGGAUUCACUACGUUACACUCCACAGGCUCUCAGCCACUUCACUUUUGAACGGUCUGGCCACAAGCUGAUUGUGGUGGACAUUCAGGGAGUUGGUGACCUCUACACUGAUCCUCAGAUACAUACGUUAGAGGGUAAUGAAUAUGGAGACGGUAAUCUUGGAGCUAAAGGCAUGGCUCUCUUCUUUCACUCUCACAUCUGUAAUGAAAUCUGUCGGUGUCUUGAUCUUACAGAAUUUGAUCUCUCUCCUCUGGAGCUCAAUGCUCACAAAGACAUCCUUCGCCAUCAGAGAAAGUCGAUGAUGAAGACGAGGUUAAGAGGGGAUGAGGAACGCUGCAUUUCUCUCUCAUCUCCCAAUUCCAAGGUUGACAUUACACGGUUUUUAGAGCGCCAGCGAUCCAACUCGUCAGUGCAGAGUGACUCUGCUAUCGAUGAGGAUACAGAUGAAGGCAUGUUUGUUGACAGUCCAUCACCAAUGGUGAGGCAUGGCCGCAUGAGGUUCAUCAGUGAAUCCGAAAGGUCGGACAAAUCAGACAGCCAAUCCUCAAUGACUGCAGAGGAGGAGCAUGAGGCGUUCCAGAGAAUGGCACAGCAAAGAGCUCGGCCAUCUUGUGUUGCUAUGGAGAUAGACUUCAGGAAAUUGAUGAAUAUAAAGGUUGGAGAUUCAACCCUAGGAAAGAUUCAUCAUGAAAUGGCUAAAUACCAUGAAGUGGGGAGGUUUGUGGUCGGGGAGGAGAGAAAUGAGAAGGAUAUAGACUGGGAAUCGGCCAUAUUUCACGAGGAACAUGCGGCAGAGCUGGGUGAAAUGGAGGCCAUACUGACCCUGGCCAAGCUCUACCUGGACAUGGAGAGGGAGGUCUUGAUUAGUUGUGUUAUUGAGAAGAGUGAUGAGAAUUUCAACAUUGGUGUUGACUACAUGGUGGAGGCUGCUGAAGCUGGAGACCGUGGAGCAAUGAUCUACAUAGCUAAAGCAUUUGAGACUGGCAUUGGCCUUGGUACUAAAAGAUCAAUAUCGUGGGAGGAUUCCCUGUCCUGGUACGAACGGGCCAUUGAGACUGACAACCAUGAUGAAGGUGGCGAAUACAGCUGUACAAUGGAGGAUCCUCUCCAUAUCCUUAUAGCUAAAAAGGCUGAGCUGCUGCACAAAGGGGGCCAUGGUCUGGAAAAGGACCCAUCAACAGCAGGUGACUUAUACAAUGAGGCUGCAGAAGCAGCCAUGGCUGCCAUGAAGGGGAGACUGGCAAACAAAUACUUUGCUCUGGCAGAAGAGGCGUAUGGGGAGGUUGAGGAGGAGGAGGAGUGAGGGAGAUGUAGUAGGAGAGAGGAGUGAUGUGGGGAGUCUGUGAGGACUGACGAGGCAUUGGUCAGUCUGGCUGAGGAUGGAACAUUUUAGACGUCAAGCAUUACUAAUCAUGAAGAAUUCUCCAGAAAGAUUUUUAGUGUCUUGACAAUCUGUAUUCAUGUACAAUGUAACUUUUUCUAUUUUUUCAUGAUUUUGUUCAAAUAGUGCUGAUGGUUACUUUGUUUAUUUAUCAACGGUUAUAAAUGUUCACUGCAUGUUUUGUAGUUCAGUGUGAUAAAGUUUUGUAUGAAAAGCAUCAGUUAAGGAGGUUUCUUGGUAUUUUUUAAGCAUUGUUAUGACUGUGUUUGUACAAAGGCACACUCACUGGGUGUUGAUGACAGCGGACAUGGAUCUCGGACAUGUGGUUAUUUACAGUAGCUGCACCCUAUAUCAUGAUGAGUUUGUCGUUAUGUUUAAGACUCUAAUGUUAUUGGGAGGCUUCAGAUCAACCCCUCUUGUAACUGGUGUUUGCUUAACCACAGGAAAAGUCAAGAUCUUGCUUAAGACUUAUUAAUCUCAGGAACUUGAACAUAACAUCUGGUAUCGGCAGAAAUGUAUGAUGAAGAGUAAUCAGGCCCCUGAAACAACAUUUACACAAUCUUCCUUAUCAGAAUUAUAGUUUGUAGUUAAAACAUGAUAUGUCUGACCAAUUAGUAAAAAUAUUUUUGUGAAUUUGUUGUCUUUGAUGGAAGAUAUCUUAUAACAAUGUCCAGUACCCUGAUAAUGUACAUCUUACAGGUAAACAAAUUGUUGACAAUAUUUCAUUAAGAAAGGGCAAUCGUUACUAUGAAUGUAUUUGGGUCAAAGACAUCUUUUAUUGAUAGGCAACCUGACAUUUGGGACAUAUUGUGUGUAUAUUUCAUUGGCAUCAGUUGGUACUUUUAUGUUUCUGAAAGCAAUAUGUGUACAGAUCUUGAUGUUUCCUGUGGCUUAAGAAGAGAUCUGAGUAUGUGAGGGGUUGUUUGGAGAAGCUUCAAUGAUAUGAGUGUCUUAAAGUAAUGUCUUGGAAAACUCCCCUCGAUAUAAGGUUCACUUUUGUAAUUUACUGCUUGCCUGGUACCUGUUGUUGUAUCCGCUGUCCUGAACACCUAGUGAUACUGGGUAUGUUCUAUUGUGUUAACUUUUUCUGGGACAGACGAGUACAUAUCAGUCCUCAUUAACAUAUAAAGCCCUCUUAUCGAGACUUUAGUUAUAGGUUGUAGACUAUACAGAUAAAACAGCUGUUAAAGACCAGAUAUUUGUUGUAACACGCAAGCAGUCGGGAUAUAGGAAAUUUAUUUGUACCAAUCAGUACUGGUAUUGUGUACAUUACAAAACCUACAUAUCCCCUACCACCGACUUACAUACACAUAUAUGUGUUAUCACAGCUCUGGAUCUUUUUACCUGUGAAAACUGAAAAGUAUGACCUUUUAAUUUUUAAUUUCUGACCUUUUUUCAAUUUUUUUUUUUUUUUUGUAAAGUGUAUAAUGAUUGUUAAUGAGUCUGUGAUAAUUCCUGGUUUUUCAAUAUUAACAGACAAUGUUCUUGUCUCUAAAACACAAACCACAAAUUGAUAAUUUGUAGAAAUAGAUAUUAGUUACUGAAUGAUAUUUUGAAAGCAUUGAGAUUAUGAUUAGCGUUUCAGCUUUCAGUGAUAAUAAUUUCCGAGUGAUAAGUAUGGUCUCAAGUGACAGUGCUUUAUAAAGACAAAGGUUUCACAGUUCUAUACCUGUCUCUGUAUGGGCUGAUAUAUCUUUAAACUUACUGAUAAACAUGCAAACAUUUCAGGGCUGUCCUUCAGUGAAGUGUAUAAAAGAAGAUUUAUUUGUAUGCCUUGUAUCAAGUUUAUAACUGACAAAUUUACGUGUAAGUGAUGUGAUAACAGGGAUAUAUGUGAACAUACUUGUUUUGUUUUUUUCUGCAGAAUGAUUGAAAUAUGUGUACUUACAGGGUUUUUGUGUUAGACAUUUACCGUUUUAUAUUUUUCUUACUUUCAUUGUGAUACUAAAUACUCCUGUAUUUGAUAUAAUUGAUCUUCACUCUGGAUAAUUCUGACACCAACUAGGCAUUCAGUUCAGUUUCACUGUCUACUGUGGACAAAAGGUGGUGUUCAGUUCCACUGUCUACUGUGGACAAAAGGUGGUGUUCAGUUUCACUGUCUACUGUUGACAAAAGGUGGUGUUCAGUUUCACUGUCUACUGUGGACAAAAGGUGAUGGUCAGUUCCACUGCCUACUGUGGACAAAAGUUUGUGUCCAGAUUCACUGUCUACUGUGGACAAAAGGUGGUAUUCAGUUUCACUGUGUUCUGUUGACAAGAGGUGAUGGUCAGUUUCACUGUCUACUGUGGACGAAAUCUGGUGUCAGGUUGUUAGAGACUUUGUGUUUUUGACUUUUACAUUGUGUCUCAGACAUGUGUAUAAAUUGUGUAUGUGGAAUAUCUUGUGUAACAACUACAUCUACUGAUGUGUUCUACCUGGCAGGUUAGAAAUACAACAUAGAUGUACAGGAAUAAUAAUUGUCUUUUAUGUUUAAAACUACACAUUAUUCCAAUAAUCUUUGUAUUAAUUGUAUUAUGUAAAAGCAAUCUAACAGUGCAAAAUUCAUAGAAGAUACACAUUCAUCUACAUAAAAAAAAAAAUAAUUAAAAAAAAUUUUUAAGUGGUAUCUUUAGUUUAUACCUAAUAUUGUGCUCCUUAAACAUGAACGUACAUGUAUGUAUAACCUACUAGUGAUGUGUAUCAUUGAAUGUCACUAAAUGUACAUAUGUGUACUUAAAAAAUGUUUGUGAUUUGUGACAUAUAGUUUCUUCUCCAUUCCAUAAAACCUGCUUUGAAUGGAAUGGUGUGUUUUUUGUGAGAUUUGUAGUUUGGUGUAUUGAUUUGAUAAUGGACCUCAGUAUGUGUUUUCUGCUGGAGGACACAGAAGGUUUGAUAAAGGAGUCGCCUGUCAGACUUUUUGUUUAAAAGUUUUCAUGUUUUUAAUUUUCCAUGUUUUAGCUUCAUUGUAGAAAUUAACGGAACCCAUCACUACAAUCAAAUACCAGAUGAGUAUUUGAUCAUUGUAUUUAUAAGGACUUUGUAAUUUGUCAAUAUAUUUUGUGAAGCUGGGUUGGUGAGCAUCAAGACAGUGGUCUAUGAACACUGCCAUUAUUUUUGUCAUGGGUCCUGUUGAUGAAUAUGGGCAUGAAAGCCUGAUAGGGGCCUGUUGGUGGAUGUUGAUUGAAGAUGUCCACUGUGGAAAAAAUGGCCCUGUUGGUCCUGUUGAUGAGUAUGGACACGAUGGCCCUGUUGGUCUUGUUAAUGAGUAUGUACACGAUGGCCCUAUCGGUCCUGUUGAUGAGUAUGGACACGUAUCCCUAUCGGGCCUGUUGAUGAGUAUGUACACGAUGGCCCUAUCGGUCCUGUUGAUGAGUAUGGACACGAUGGCCCUGUUGGUCUUGUUAAUGAUUAUGGACACGAUGGCCCUAUCGGUCCUGUUGAUGAGUAUGUACACGAUGGCCCUGUUGGUCUUGUUGAUGAGUAUGGACAUGAUGGCCCUAUUGGUCCUGUUGAUGAGUAUGGACACGAUGGCCCUAUCGGUCCUGUUGAUGAGUAUGGACACGAUGGCCCUAUUGGUCCUUUUGAUGCGUAUGGACAUGGUAGGGCCAUGUUGAUGAGUAUGGACAUAGUAGGACCAUGUUGGUGAAUAUAGAUUUGAAUGUUUUGAAAGAUUUUCUCUUAACAAGUAGUUUGUUUGAAGUACCCCAUAUAAGUUUCUAGUUAACUAAUCUACCUCCAUUGUUUUCUUAUGGUAAUACAGCAAAGGCAAUGGUUAAUUUCCCUGGAAAUCGUGAUAUUGUAAUUUCCAAGUAAAACAAUUUCUAUAUAAUUAUUUCAUGAUACCGGUCUUGUCUGGAUGAAGCCAAGAUAUUCUCAUUUUAAUUCUUUUGAGGUGUAAAAUUGUCACAAAGAAAUUGUUUUCUUUGGAGGAUUUUAAACUUUUAAAGGGUUAUGUUAGCUUUUGUUCCUUCUAUAUAUCACCAUUGUAGGUUUAAAAUUCAUGCUUGGAACUUUAAACUGCCACAGACCUAUUUUUUUUUAUCCUUUGGUCCAUCUUAAAGUUUCUUGAGUUUUUUUAUAUAUAAUUUUUUUCUUUAAAAACAACAAAAAAAAAACCUGAAAUAAAAACAACAAAAAAAUGGUAAUAAAAUUAAAAAAAAAAAAACAUAAAAAGUACAAGUAUAAAAAAAAAAAAAACCCAAAAUAUGGUGAUUUCUUUUUUAACAAACCUUUUUUUCUGGAAAUAAGUACACAGUCAGUGUGGCCUAUUUGCUAGAAAGUGUGAUUUUGUGACAGGGAGGAAUACUGACCAUGGAUUUAUCACAUGGUUACCUAGAAGAUUGGCAGGAAUUUUGUUCUUUUUUUUUAACAUUGACUCUAACCUUCAUUGUAUUUGUUUUCAUACCUUAUGUUAUGUCAUGUACACACUUCUUUUAUGAAGAUUGAAACUGAUCUCACAUAUUGUGUAAUGCCUCCAACCAUAGAAAUAGAUGAUAAUCCAUGUUAUACGUCAGAAUGAAUUAUCGUAAUCUAACUUGUAUCCACUAAAUCUGACAUGCUGGUUAAUAUACAUGUCAACCUGAAGUAACUGGUACAAACACCAACUUGUACAUGAAUGAAAUUUUAUGGUAUUUAUGUUCGAUAACAUACUAAUGACUUGACUUUUGGCAAUUUUAAUGGAAAAAAAUUGUAUUUAUUUUUAGGUAAAUGUUAUUGUUGUGAGAUUUGGAUACCAACAGGGGUUAUUUUUAGCUCUUCAAUAAUGUAACCCUUUCAUAUACAUAUAAUAUCAUGAGGGUUAUAUGAUAGAUUUAACAUGUACAUUAUCAUUUUUUUAUGAUAUUUGUAACAUUUUGGACAGUACUAUUGUAUAUACAGAGUGCUAUUGUGUGUACUGAGUGCUAUUGUGUAUACAGAAAGUUCUUGUGUAUA